GUACGCGCUUGCAAGUUUUUACCACGAAGCGAAAGGACCCCCUUUGUGAAGAGGUGCGGUUUCUCUCUUCGGGUCUCCGCGACCAGUCUUUCUUUUGCUUUCAGCAAUGGAGCCUCUUCCCGCCCUUUGCGCCGCGUCACGAGAGACAAGUGGUGGCACGCCGGGCUCGCGGGUGCUGCUCCCAGCGAAUGCGCGCAGCACCACACCAAGUGGCCCGAGCCUUUCAACGUCUCCGGCACCCCUGUUAUCCCUGUGCAACAGCGACGCACACGCGGCGCGCACACCCGAGUUCUCCGCAAACGCCGCGGGCACUCCUUGCGCUUCGCUCUCUCCGUCCCUCCACACGUGCCCCAGCGCAUCGCUCAGCAGCGCAGAGGCCGACACACGCCGCAGCAGCGGAGAUACAGAGAAAGCAGGCGCGUCGUUCAAUGGUGCGCCUGUGGGGUCGGCUUCGCAGGUGGAGCAGUGGACGGUGACGGACUCCACGAUGUCGUCUGCACCCGCUCACACUCCACCACGCAAAACCGCAAAGAGAGAAGUUGGCCUCUCGAACCACGAUGACGUGGAGGAGGUGCACAGCUGCGUGACGUUGUCCUCCACGACAACCUCCCCUGCCGCCUCGCCGCCACCGUCGCCAGGACUGCCUCCGACAUCAUCUUCGUCGCCACCCCCCGAGAGGAAAGAUGAGGAAGAAGGCCGGCCCCUUCUCUCGGCAGGCAGCUCCGGCUCCACCCUGCAGGCGACCCCUGCACACGCCGUGAAGCCGGAUUGCACGCGCGACGCACCGACCGUCGGCGCUAGCCCUGCCCCGGCGAAUCCACAAGCGGACACGGACGCACGCCACGCUGCGGACGCCCCCGCUCACGCCAACCGUGUGCUCGACUCCGAGCCCAGCAGCCAUGCGGUGCGCAUGAAGGGCGCGGACCCAUCUGACCUCUCCUCAGGGACGGCAGCUGCCACUAGCGGUCCUUCAUCGAUCUCGACGGGGGCGAGGGAGGGCGGCGUCUCUGCUGCCCGUUCAACGCCCCUUGCGGACCUCUCCGCGGAGCAGCGCUACGCCUACCACCUCGUCGUUCACGAGCACCGCAGCGUCUUUAUCACCGGUGGCGCCGGCACCGGCAAGUCGCACCUGCUGCGCACCAUCAUCCGAGGUAUGCCGUACUCUUCUACCUUUGUGACAGCCACCACCGGCAUCGCCGCCUUGAACUUGAAUGGCACGACGCUGCACAGCUUUGUGGGCUGCGGGGUGCCGGACAAACGCGCCUCGCGGUCGAAGAUUGCCUCCAUGGUGAUGUCGAAGACGUGGUGCAAGCGGAACUGGCGCAUGUGCCGCGCCCUCAUCAUCGAUGAGGUGUCGAUGUUGGAGGCUUCCUUCUUCGACCUCGUGGACUUCAUCGCCCGCUACGUGCGCAACCGACCUGAUGAGCCGUUUGGUGGGGUUCAGCUCAUCCUCUCCGGCGACUUCCUCCAGCUGCCACCGGUGAUGAAGGAGCGGCGCGGCGGGUCGGCGCCGUUCUGCUUCGAGACGCAGACGUGGCUGCGGGCGAACCCAAAAGUCUGUCUGCUCUCGACGCCCUUCCGUCAGCGCGACGUGCGCUUCUUUGAACUUCUAAACGAGAUGCGAUUCGGUGAUGUGCAGCCGGACUCCAUUGCGCUGCUGCACUCCAUCGACACGACGAACCGCGUCCACUUUGCGCGGCGUGCGGAGGACGCGGAGGAUGGGAACGUGACGCUCGGCUGCAAGAGGGAGCGCGAGACGCCGACGGACUGCGUGGCUGCGCGGAGCGGCCCAGCGACUUCCCGCGCAGACGACACCGCGCAUCGCUUCAGCUCGACGUUUUACGACCCGCCGGCCCGCCCGGGGGAGCAGCCAUCGCGAUUGGAGCUGGUAGACGGUAUGGAUCGGCCGAUCAAUGCGCCUUUCGACGGCUACAUCAUCCUGCGCCCCACGCGGGUCGAGGUGGACGCGCAGAACGAGCGGUACUUCAACCAGCUCGACACGGAGGUCUUCACCUACGUCGGUGCGCACUCCGGCGCAGGCGCCUUUCCCGCCAAGAGCCUCUCCGAGGUGGUGCGGCUGCGCAAAGGCUGUCGGGUGAUGGUCAUCAAGAACUUCGAUGUGCAGACGAAGCUGGUGAACGGCAGCACCGGCACUGUCACCGGCUUCGUCAGCUUUGCGAGGAUGUUUCGCUUUCAGACCGCCGGCAUCACCGCGGACGAUGCGCGCGACAUCUGCGUCGGACGUGGGCGAGACGUGGAGCGGCGCCACACGAUGCUGCCGCUCGUCGCCUUCGACGCCCACAACCCGCCCGGGCAGAUGCGGGUGGUCGAGAUCGUGGUGGAACCGCAGGACUGGGUCGAGAAAGAGGGCGACAAGGUGAAGAGCCGCAGCGUCCAGAUGCCGCUGGUGCUGGCCUACGCCAUAACAGUGCACAAGUCGCAGGGCAUGUCCCUUACGCAGGUCGACAUCGACUUCGCGAAGGUGUUCGAGUCGGGGCAGUCGUACGUAGCGCUGUCGCGCUGCACGAGUUUGGAGCGGGUGCGCCUGCACGGCUUCAACGUGCACUUGGUCUCCGCGAACAGCACCGCGCUGGCCUACUACAAGGCCUUGGCCCUGCAGCAGCAGCGGCUGGAGUGGCAGCGGCGGCACACGCCACAGGUAGUGGCAGCCAGGGAGAACGCCGAGGCGCUCAGCUGCACGCCGUACGGCUACGUGCUGCCCAAUGACGCGGAGAUCAUGCGACACUACGGAGAGGCAAGCGAUCCCCCCGCCCUCGACCUUUUCUAUGACUUCGACGAGGCAGAGGAGGACGUGAAGGAGGAGGUCGACGGCGGCGGAGACGUGCGCCACAAAGAGAGGUGGCGGAACGAAUGCCGAGACGAGGAGCGGCACCUCAACCCCGCCGGCAUGACGGAGACGCAGCGCCUCGAUGUCCUGCGCCGCCGCAUUACGCCCGUUCUGCACAUGGCCGACGUGGUGAAGCGGCUUGUUUUGCGUGAGAUGCUGCCGCUGCCACGGGUCCGCGGCACCCGCCUCGUGAUGGACAUCGACGCCAUCUUCCACCUCGUCACCGGCCCUGAGUCGGCUACCGCCUUUGACAUGCUAUUUCGUGCGCAGGGCAACAUGAUGCGUGUGCCGCUGUGUGUGCAGCAGCUCAUCGAGAAGGCGGCCGCCUACCGCAGCUCCGCAGAGUCCGAGACGCCGUCCGCGACGCCGGCGCCGUCCUCGCUGUCCGGGGCUCAAAUGAGGACGCCCGACACGCCGCAACACGAGCAGCAGCCGGCACAACCGCAGAGGCACAACGAGGAGAAUUCCUUUCGCCCCGAUGCGGCACUGCUGGAGGCCUCCGAUGUGGCCGCGGAGGCCCUCGCCGUGAUGGCGCGUGCGAAGCAAGAGUUUAUCCUCGACACUCAGCGACCCGAGCAGACGGCGGAUCUGCCGGAACCUAAAAAGGACUGGCUGCGGUUUGCGGAUGUGCUGCCGCUGCUGCUGCGGCCGCGUGGAUCUCCCACGCCAGUGACGAGCUCGCCAAGUGAGGGCGCCAUGGGAGGUAGUGAGCACCCGCCGGACGCGGAUGCGGAGACUAGCGAAGAGGUGAAUUUUAUCCUCAAUCGGGAUCCGCGAGAGACGGCGCAGCACCGUGCCAUCGUAGAGUACGCGCUGUUCUUGCAAAACUCGUUUGGCGAGGACGUUGCGGUGUGCACGGACUCCAUCGUGCUUGCGGCCUACGCGCUGGCGUGGGGGCUGCAGGCCGUCUCGGUCGUGCGCCGCUUUUAG